GCGAGAACUUCCCCCAUGACUUCAUUUUAGCCACUUUGAGACUCUUUUUCCGCCAAAAUGCACCUCCCCGAGUACGGCAUGUAGGUAGGGAAUUGGGGGUUUGUUAGCGGCAUUGCUCUUCUGACCCGAACAAGCAGCCAAAACUCGCGCCCAACCUCCUCCAGAAAUUCGCUUGGUAGUUGUUAUCGUGACGAUAGAUACACAACACAACACUCACUAAAUACGCACCCAUAAUUUACUCACCACUCCAACCAACACUCUGUCGACUUGCACUUCUACCUGUUACUCCUCUCGUCCAGUCCCUCACCACCGUAAGCCCUCGUACGCAUACAUUCCUCACUUCCUCAACUGACCUCCAUCCAGUCCCGCAAAAUGUCCUCGCAACCACUCCUCCAGACGGCGCCCGGCAAGCGAAUCGCGCUGCCCACGCGUGUCGAGCCCAAAGUCUUCUUCGCAAACGAGCGGACGUUCCUCUCAUGGCUGAACUUCACUGUGAUCCUCGGCGGGCUGGCGGUGGGCCUCCUCAACUUCGGCGACAAGGUGGGCCGCAUCUCUGCCGGUCUCUUCACGCUGGUCGCUAUGGGCACGAUGCUCUAUGCCCUCGCCACUUUCCACUGGCGCGCGAAGGCAAUCCGCAAACGUGGCCAGGGGAACUUCGAUGAUCGCUUUGGACCUACCGUCCUGGCGGUCACACUUCUCGGCGCGGUUGUCGUCAAUUUCGUGCUGAGGGUUAUGGCGUAGUGUCGCCUGUUUGUGUGCUUGUGGCUUGGUUUGCCUGAUGGACUGGCUGGGCCCUGUUGAUGAUGAUGGGAUGCGAUCGGGACGGGAUGGGAUGGAACUCGGAGUCCAAAUUGUAUUGAAUUGGUGCAUUUUAUGUUGU